UUCAUUUUGCCCCACUGUAAAUUCCUUAGAAGUGUCCGAAAAUCUAGUGACACUCAGGAUGAAAAGGUCUAUUGUGAUCUACAUGUUAAUUACCAAGGUUCCCAGAUAAGAGAGCAUCAGCCAGUCUAGGAUUGUUUUGUUUCAGCAAUGCCAGCUGAUCAGGAUUAGCUAAGAACAUAUCACGAAUCAUUGCAGGGUCAUCCUCGCUCCGUGGAUUCUGGGCCCUUUGAGCCGGUGCAGGUGAUGAGCUACUGGAAGCCGCCCCAGGAAUCCUAAUCGAACUGAAAUCCAGUAGAGGAACAGCUGAAAAAAUGGACAAGACCAUAAACAAAUUGCCUAUCUUUGAUUGGGCUGCUGAAGUUACAGUAUUAUGGCUCCUUACCUCCAUUUACGGGCUGUGGAUUGAGGUCAACGCCACUUUGAUGCAUGUGCUGUAGAAUAACAGCAUCGCCGUCCUUGAUACCGUGAUCUUUUAACGAUUUUUUAUCAUCCAUCAGUGGCCUACCAUUAAAAGCAAUAACAAUUUCUGGUGCUGGCACACCGCACUCAAUUUCACAAAAUGCCUUGAAAUUUUCCAGCUCCAGAUCCUCACUAACGUCUAGGACGAAUAUAUCGUCCCCCAGAGUCGUCACAGUUACCUUCAUUACUAAUAAUGUUUCCGAAAAUUGCAAAAAAAUUAAAAAAAACACCACUAUUUCAAUUACCGAGUUCUAACUACACUAUUUUUGAAUAUUUUGCAACAACACAAUAGCUGUCAAUGUUAUCAGCAAUUAUUUGAUAUUACUUCGUUGUUCUUGAGAAAGGAUGCGUGUUGAUGUUCGAUUAAUAACACUGAAAAAAUUUUUAUGCCUCCUUCGCCAAAAGGAAGGGGAAGAUCUGACUGAAUGAUAAACAGUUUUUCUUCUUUGUGGGGAUGUAAACAACAAUCCCAGCUCAACUGAAAUAUAUCUCUCCGCCUUCUUUUUUUUUAACAUUCAUCCGAAGUUGGCAACAGAAUGUGCUUGCGAUAUCGAGAGAUCGAUAGGGGAUGGCGCCAGCUCGAACAGUCUCAAACACUCAAAUUCAUCCGGCAUCGUCAAUGGACCACCGACUGGAAUUAUUGAAAGAGUGAUGACAAUCGCUUUGAAAUUUAUCGUGGGUAUAAUGAGCACAUGGAAGUUGAUACAGAGACGGUGUUAUGAUUUAUUGUCACACAAAUACUCACUGUUGAUCAUUCUGGUGGCAUUCACUUGCAUAUUCGUUGGGAUUAUACAUUUUGGAGAGGUCUGGUUGGCAUGGAGCAAAGAAAAAUACGAAGCUGUAUUUCACUCGUUCAAUGACAAUAUCCUGGGUAAAUCAUUUCAAAAGAAGUUGUGUCAACACGUUCCCAUCGAUGUGGUAUACACGUGGGUCAAUGGAUCUGAUCCAAAGUUCAUCAAAGAUCUGAAAAAAUAUGUUCCCGUGAGUAACGUCAACAGUGCAGCCUCAAGAUUCAACGACAAAGACGAAUUGAGGUACUCCCUGCGAUCAUUAGAGAUGUAUGCACCGUGGGUAAGACACGUCUACAUCGUGACCAAUGGUCAAAUCCCCAAUUGGCUGGAUAUGGACAAUCCGAGGAUGACUCUAGUCACUCAUGGUGACAUUUUUCCGAACAAAAGUCACUUACCUACAUUUUCUAGUCCCGCUAUCGAAAGCCAUAUCCAUAAAAUCCCAGGAUUGUCUGACAAAUUCCUGUAUUUCAAUGAUGAUGUUCUACUUGGGAGUGAAGUAUGGCCUGAGGAUUUUGUAACACAAACUAAUGGACAAAAAGUUUAUCUUGCAUGGUGGGUCCCGGAUUGCUCUGACAUUUGUCCCUGGUCCUGGGUUGGGGAUGGUUCCUGCGAUUUAGCUUGUAAUACUACAAAUUGUGAAUACGAUGGUGGUGAUUGUAAUUCAACUCCAAGUCCAACUGAGAGUGAAGUUGUCGAGGAGGACGGAGAUUAUCCGUAUAAAUUACUCCAAAGUAAUCAAUACAAACAUAGAGAAACUCUGACAUUAUUGGAGAUCCUGAAGAAUCAACGGAAUCACGAAGUUUUCAAUGAAUUUAAUUCUAAUAUGACCCCUGUGGAGAUGAAUACCUCAAUGUUAUUUUCGAAUAGAGAUCAAACUCAAAUUGACCAAGUGAAAAAUGGAGACAUUCUUCCGAAAAAUGAUGAUACUGUUACAAAAAUUGACUCGACAACUGAAAGUCAUGCAUUCAAAUACGAGUUCGCCCACCCAAUGAAUAAAAAAAUAAUCCAAAAUAAAAAUGACGAUAUAAUUAAUCUCGUGCAUGUCAACGGCAAUGAAUUGAGUCAAAAAUUGAAGCCAAGUCAUUUGAAAAGAAAAUCUAAAAGAUUGGACACUUAUGCUGAAUCGCUUCUCUAUGUAAAUCGAAUUUACAAUACAGCUUAUGGGUUUGAACGACGUCGAGUACCGGCGCACAUGCCUCAUCUAGUUGAUAAGUUGAUCGUCGAUGAGAUGCACUCGAAGUUUCAUAAUGAAUUUGAAAAAACAUCUUCACAUCCGAUUAGAGAUUCUGAAGACAUGCAGUUUGCAUUUUCUUACUUUUAUUACUUGAUAAGUGAGAAAACGUUGAUUUCAACGGGUGACUUAUUUGACAAGUUCGAUACUGAUAGAUCUGGUACGUGGUCAGAUCGCGAAAUAAGAACACUAUUAUCUAGAAUGCAUGUGCUGCCUCUUGACUAUAGCUUUGUAUUAAAAUUUGAAAACUCCAUAAAAAAUUGUUCGGAAAAAAUUAAACUUGAUUCAAUGCCAGAGGCACCACCAGGUGAGCGUUAUCUCGAUUCAAGUCUACCAAUAGUAACGAGAGAAUUAAUAAUGAAAUGUGAAACAAUUGCCAAGAAACUUCGUAACCAGUUUGGUGUUAAACAACGAUAUCAGCAUGAGAUAUUGAAAGCUGGAAAAAAUGAGAUCUUCGAAAUGUUAACUAGCAAUGUGUCGAUGACUGUUCAAAUUCUGGAUGAGAUACGACAAGAGCCGAAAAAAUUCAUUUGUCUCAAUGACGAUUUAGAUCCAUCCAGAAAGAGUGAAAACGAAGUGGUUCGUGCACUCCUCAGUGACUUUUAUCGUUCGAUAUAUCCUCUAAAAAGUAGUUUUGAGUUACCAUCGCAGUACAGAAAUAGGUUCUCCCAUCGCGAUGAUUUAUAUGAGUGGAGGGCUAGUCGGACAAGAGCUAGAAAUAUUCUACUGUUGUUAGUUUGUAUUUUAAUUUUUAUUACGAUUUAUCAUUUUUUCUAUCAUCAAAUACGCAGAUUUUUUCGUAACAGAUCAAUUGCCGGUUUGAUUGUUUGAAUCAGUGGAGAAUCGAAUAUUUCAAUACUGUGAUAUGAUCACAUAAAAAUUUUAACAAAGCCAAGUGAACAAUAAGAAUUUGCUCAAAACCAUUGAAAUAAGGAAAAACUCUAGUCGAGCAGGAAAAAAUGUCCUUUCUUUCGCUGUCAUUUUUAAUUAUUGGGAAUAUUUUUAAUCUCCACGGAUGGCAACAUUUAAUCGAAAAACCUAGCGAAUUCGCUAGACAACUCUAUUAGAUUUCUAUUGAACAUUCAAUUAGCUUUUGGUCGA